CCUCUCAGCCUGUCUUCCCCCCUGUAUCUCUCUCUCUCUCCCUCUCUCUUUCUCUCUCCCACUCUCUCUCUCUCUGCCUUCACGAGUUCUCCUCCUGAAAACCUGCGCGAGGCAUAUAUUCCCCCCUCUCUCUCUCCCCGGUCACUUCAGUCAACAUGGCUACAAUUGUAACCUCGACCAGAUUCACAGACGAGUAUCAGCUGUACGAGGAACUCGGAAAGGGUGCCUUCUCCAUCGUUCGGCGAUGCGUCAAGAAGUCCACCGGCCAGGAAUAUGCUGCUAAAAUUAUCAACACAAAAAAGCUCUCAGCAAGAGAUCACCAGAAACUGGAGCGAGAGGCUAGAAUCUGUCGUCUGCUCAAACACCCAAACAUAGUACGACUCCAUGACAGUAUCUCAGAGGAAGGCUUCCAUUACCUUGUUUUCGACCUUGUCACUGGAGGAGAGCUGUUUGAGGACAUUGUUGCCAGAGAGUAUUACAGCGAGGCAGAUGCCAGCCACUGCAUCAAUCAGAUCCUGGAGAGCGUCCAGCACAUCCACCAGCAUGACAUCGUGCACAGGGACCUUAAGCCAGAGAACCUGCUCCUGGCCAGCAAGAUGAAGGGAGCAGCAGUGAAGCUUGCAGACUUCGGCUUGGCCAUUGAAGUGCAAGGGGACCAACAGGCAUGGUUUGGUUUCGCAGGAACUCCUGGUUAUCUGUCCCCAGAAGUAUUGAGAAAGGACCCGUACGGCAAGCCUGUGGACAUAUGGGCAUGCGGGGUGAUCCUGUACAUCUUGUUGGUUGGCUACCCUCCCUUCUGGGACGAGGACCAACAUAAACUGUACCAGCAAAUCAAGGCCGGUGCAUACGAUUUUCCAUCUCCAGAGUGGGACACAGUGACCCCCGAGGCCAAGAAUCUGAUCAAUCAGAUGUUAACGAUUAACCCUGCCAAAAGGAUCACCGCCGACCAGGCCAUCAAGCAUCCCUGGGUCUGCCAACGCUCCACUGUGGCCUCCAUGAUGCACCGUCAAGAGACUGUCGAAUGCCUGCGCAAGUUCAACGCCAGGAGGAAACUCAAAGGAGCUAUCCUCACAACGAUGCUGGUGUCCAGGAACUUCUCAGUGGGACGGCAGCAUACGAGCCCUGCCGCUACCACCAGCACAGCCGCAAUGGCACAGGAAGCAUGCAAGACCUUAUUAAACAAAAAGUCGGAUGGUGUUAAGUCGCAGGGAAACAACAGUAAAAACAGUGUAGUAAGCAGCAGCAGCACCAAAGACAGCAGCAUGUCAUCGUCAGCACCAAUGGAAGCCCAGACAACUGUUGUACACAACCCCGCUGACGGCACCAAGGGAUCCACAGAGAGCUGCAAUAACACAGAAGAGGAGGAGAUGAAAGGUAGUAAAGUCACUGCCUGUGAGUCUACUAGUACAGACAGUUUGGCAUUAAGACAGUGCAGCACCAUUGAGGAACAGACCCAGACUCCUUCUCCUCGCUGCCCACCGCCCACCUCUCGUAAACAGGAGAUAAUAAAGAUGACAGAGCAGUUGAUUGAAGCCAUCAACAAUGGAGAUUUUGAGGCUUACACGAGAAUCUGUGACCCGGGUCUGACCUCUUUUGAACCCGAGGCUCUCGGAAACUUGGUGGAGGGCAUGGACUUUCACAAGUUCUACUUUGAGAACUUGCUGAGUAAAAACAGCAAGCCAGUGCACACCACCAUCCUCAACCCCCACGUACAUCUGAUCGGCGAGGACGCUGCCUGCAUCGCUUACAUCCGCCUGACACAGUACAUGGACACCCAAGGCCGGCCACGCUCCUGCCAGUCGGAGGAGACACGAGUGUGGCAUCGCCGCGAUGCCAAAUGGCUCAAUGUGCACUUCCACUGCUCAGGAGCACCGGCUGCACCCCUGCAGUGAACUGAGAACCCAGGCCCAGCUUUGCCUGAAUUCUAAAGCUGUUUGGAGCAUUUAUUCUCCAUGGUCGGAUUGGUUCCUGGAUCCGGGCUGGGAAGAGGCGGCUUGGCAAGUUGUAAAAAAAACAAAAAAAAAAAAAAAAAGUGGGGGAAAAAAUGUAUCAUUACAAUGUAGGAAAUAAAAAUAAACAAAACAAAUUAAAAAGCUUGACUGAAUGACCGACUACACCGACCAACACCAAUCCAGUUCAACCCUAGCUAGUUGAUGUUGGGGCCCGGCAGCUUGUGAUGUCAGUCCCUUCCUGCAGGUGGUGCAUGCUUCUGGUGGCGACACAGGGGUGAUGCUGUCCUGGUCCUUUUCUCCCAUGGCCUUUAUUACCCUGUCUUUGUUUUGUCUGCUGUCUGGAAAAGUAUUAACAUGUAAAAAAAAAUAUAUACAAAUAUAUAUAUAACAACAGAAAAAGAAAUACAUUUCACACACAUAGUGAAUAGAACAGGGGCAGCAACUAUACAAUCUCAAGAAAAUGUGAUUUUUUUUGGUUUGGUUUUGUCUUGAGAGAACAGCAGAAAGUCUGCUUUAAUAGAAGUAUUGUUUGGUUUAUUAUUAACAUAUGUGGGUUGGGUUUAUGGGAAGGGGGAGCUACUAAUAAUUAUCAGAAUUUAAUACCCAUUUUAAGUGUCGGGUUUGAACAUAUGUACACAAUGUUUGAAAGCGGUUUUAGGCAUUGUGAUAUGUUACUGAAGGGACCUUUAUUUUUAUUUUGUCUUUUUGUAUUCUUAUGUGUUAUCAAGCUGUUGGUUUUUAUCUUCUGAAUGAUGUAUUUUCAAGUAUUUUGUGUUUGAAAAAAAUGUUUAAUCAAAAGAGGGAUUUUAUUUAAUAGAAUUGUGAAUAAAUAGAUAUUUAUAUAGGAGAAAAGGGGGAUUUUCUUUCAGUGUGAAGGGAGGGGAGUUUUAAGCAUGAGUGUGUGGGUGUUUUUUUUUUCCUGUUUGAUGUCCCUUGGUGUAAAUACAAACACAAAUAUACUCACACACCAUGCAUGCACACAUACAUGCACAUUCAGCGUCCUCGUGCUCUAGCCUUUAGGGCCGAGCCUCUCUCGAGCUUUAGACACAACGUCCAGGCCAGCUCAUCCUGAAGUUGCAGAAGGCCUCCAUCUUUCUGCCCCUGCAGUGUUCAGAGUCGAACACUAGAAGGCGCUAUUGGUCAACGUCUAAAGCUCCUAAAAUCUCUGAACUACGUAAUCUGAAAGCACGGACACACUCACGCCAAACUUCUAGUUCUGUUCUUCUGUUUUUGUGUAUUUUUGACGUGAAGCAUGAUUUAUUUGAAAUAUCUAAUGGGCUGUACUGUUUUUCGCACAGACACUUAAGACUCGAUGCUGUUGUAUUCGCUCUUCUGAGGGGGAGUGAACCUUUCUGCAACUUCAGGUUACGCUCGCCAAAUCCUUCCCUUCCACCCUGACAUCUAUCAUUCCUGCCUCUUAUACUCUCUACAGUUGUUACUCCUGUGACCCUCGCUAACCAGCCCUCAUGAUUGUCUUAAUAGCACCACACCGUGUGAUGACGACGAUGAUAAAAAGUGAUGAUGUCACCCUUAUGCCUGUCUCUUGUUCUGAUUGUGUUCUUAAACUGUGUAUCUUCUCCGUCUUGACUUGCUGUACUUCUGUGUGAAGUCCUGGCACUAAAAAAAGCAUGUUAAAAAAGAGAAUGCAGCGGAGGGAAGGGACUGACUGCUGGCCAGGGAUUGGACAAAAAAAAUAAUUAAAA